CUGAUUAAGAAAAUUGAUAAAUGAUGAUAGUAUAAUUUUAUUGCUCAUCAUACGAUUUGAGACUAUGGAAUUAAAACAUAUUGUGCUUUUUCUUUCCUUUUCUCUUGUUUUUUGUUCAAGUAAUUCAAGAAUUUUAACUAAUGAACAAAUUGCCAACAAAAUAGAUGAAUAUGUUGGUGGUCUUUUACAAUGUAGAAAAUUUAUAGGAGCUAAUUUAGCAGUUGUUAAAAAUGGAAGUGUUAUAUUAACUAAAGGUUAUGGUUUGGCUAAUGUCAGGAGGAAUGAAUCUGUCACAACAAAUAAUAAAUUUCCUAUUGCCUCAAUCACUAAGAGCUUUACAGCAUUACUGGUAAUGAAAUUACUAACAGAGAAACAAAUAAGCAUUGAUACAAAGGUCAAAGAUUUAUGGUCAGGAUAUACAGCCUGGUCUGGAUAUAGAUAUCAUGAUUUAACACUCAGGGAUUUUCUUGCUCAUAAAACUGGCACACCCAGACAUGAUUUUAUUUUGAUUUUAGGAGGACAGAAUAGAGAAAAUGUUGUGAAUAAGAUCAGAUUUUUAAGACCAAAUUUAUCACCAAGAAUUGAACAUCAAUAUCAUAAUUUGUUUUAUGUAUUAAGUGGUAAAAUUGCUGAAGUGAUUGCUGAUAAUGGCAAAGAUUGGGAAAAUCUCAUUGAAGAUAAUUUUUUUAAACCAAUUGGAAUGGAAAAUUCAGGUUUCUAUGAUAAACAAGACAAUUAUAAUGGUUUUGUAUCACCAUAUGUUCCCUCCUCUAAUGGAACACAUGUCAACCUUGUCGAAUAUCCAGCUGAUGUUUGGAGAAAUGUUGGCAGAGCUGGACCAUCAGGUUCCAUUGUUUCAACGGCAUAUGAUAUGGGUAAAUGGUUAGCAAUGAUUCUAAACAGAGGUGUUGCCUUGAAUGGUAAAAGGAUUCUAACAGAAGAAGCCAUUGAGCGCGUAUUCGCUAAUGAGAUAUCAUUUAAUGAUUUUAUACCAGAACUAUUAGGUAACAAACCAGAAUUAGGUAAAAGAACAAGUUAUGGUCUGGGCUUUUGGAAUGGAUAUCAAUCUGGUGUUGAAUUUCAUCAACAUGGAGGUGAUUUAACUGGUUUCCAUUCAACUCAUAUCCUUAUAAGAUCUAUAAAAUCUGGUUUUUCCUUUUCAACAAAUCAUGGCCAACAAUCACUUGAAAGAGCAAUUUUGGAAAAUUCUAUCCAUGAUAUACUCAUGGGAAGAGAUCCAUCAAUCUCCUUAGACGAGGCUUGUAAUUCUGCCUUAUAUGAGAAUCACAAUUCUGAUACAACAUUUCCAAACAUACAAAAUAUUCCAAAAUAUUCUGAACUUAUAAAAAUACAAAGAUUCAAUAACAACAAUAUUACAAAAUAUACUGGUAAAUAUGAUAAUUGGGCCUAUGGAUCCAUUAGUGUUAAAAGCACUGGUGCUGCCAUCUUUCGGCUGUCUCUAGAUUAUGGAAAUAUGGGACGGUUUAACCUGUUACCGACAGAAAACGAUACGUAUAUUGGAAUUUCCAAACCUGGGCCUAGUGCAAUAAUACCGAAUAUGAUUUUUCAUUUUGAAGAUGAACAACAUGGAAGAAUGAACAAAUUAGUGGCACUUUCAUUUGAGAUAUUAGAUCCACCAAUAUUUGAAAGAUCAUUAGGUCCAGAACCACCAGUCUAUCAUGAAAAAUGUAGUGAUUAAUUUGUUAAUAAAUAUGGUUUACUCCUAUAUAGGCAUAGGAGAUGUCAUAAGUUUUGACAGAGAAGAAAAUAAACAUUGUGGUAUAGAGAUUGCCUCUUAAAUUAUUCUCAAAAUUCGUUAGUUUAGGGAACAUAGACUUAGUUUGUAAUAAUUCUGCAAGUCAAAAUUUGCAGUUUUCAGAUUAUUUUGUCAUUUACUUUUUAUACAUAGUUUUUUCAUUAAAUUUUUUAACGAUAAUGAUAUAUCACAUUGAAAAUGAGAUUGAAAUGUCAUUUCAAGUUUUUCGGCAGAUUAUUACAUUUAUGAAUCAUUUUUUAAUAUUAUAGGAAAUUAUUAGAGGAUAAUCAAUUGUCUUUGGUGAAGAUUAUUUGUCCUAUUGAAAGGGAUAUAAACUUAUUUCAACUAACUAGUCUUCAGAGACAUUCAUUUCCAGAGUCUUUUACAUGAUAUUUGCAGUAGUUGCCAUAGUAUUGGAAAGGAGAGAUAUGGUGAAUUUCAAACUUUAAUGUAUUAGAAUCGCCUAUUUGGUGCAAUUUUGGAAUGAAGAUAAAAAAAUUAAUUAAUUAGCUAAGAAACUU